GAAGCGGUGGAAUUUUGACCCAAACAAGAUUCCGUAUUUCGGAGCUGCUCUGUUUUGGGUCAAGCUAGGUUUCCUCUCACGUUUCUGUGUCGUUUCAGGACAUUUUUAAGAGUUUGAGGUCACGUUUUUGAUAUUUAAUGUUCGAAGGAAUCAUAUUGACGUAGAGCUUAUCACCAAAGACUAAGUUUUCGUGGAAAACUCGUCUCGGGGGGACUUUAAUGUAGCUAACUUUGCUAACAAAGCUAACGAGUUGAGAUUGUUGUUCGACUCCGAAAUGACCGGCAGCUCCUGACCCGCACAGAGCGUCACAUUUAGCAGCUCAGACUUAAGGUUUAUAUCCGGGUGACCCAUGCUGUCUGAUGAGCUCGACUCCAAACCAGAGCUGCUGGUGCAGUUUGUCCAGAACGCCUCCAUCCGGCUGGUGCAGAGUCUGGAGGAGUCGGAGUCCAAACACUCCUGCCUUCCUCUGGCUCCGGCUGAGAGCUCCCUCUGCGCUCCUCUGGAGCUCACAGAUGGAGGUCUAGGCCACGAGUCUGGCCCCCCCGCCUCCCUCUCGGGGUUCGGAUGCCAGUCCGAGCCAAGCACGCUGGUCGUCCACUCUCAGCCCCGCACCUCGCCCAGCCCCCCAGCCAUCCUCCACGACUUACAGCAGCCCGACGGCAGCUCCUACGUCCUGCUGAACCUCGCCAAAGGCAUCACAGCCUCCUCGGAGUCGCUGCUCUUCACCACAGAAGGAGGCGAUGAGGACGAAGACGAGGGGGUCUCCUCGGGGGACUACGGCGUGGACGGCAGCGCUCCCUGGUAUCUGCGGGUGCAGGAGCUGGCGCACGACAGCCUGAUCGCCGCCACGCGCGCACAACUGGCGAAAGACGCCAGAGCGAGCCAGGACAGCAGAGCCGCAGGCGUCGGUAACGGUGACCACACACACAGUUUGCUGGCAGACGGGGACAAGCAGGAGGCGGCGUCUCGAACCAGCCGCCCCCUCAGCAAGCAGAUCCUGCGCUGCUCGUUUGAGGGCUGCUGCAGGACGUUCACCUGGCCGGCUCACCUCAAGUACCACCUGAAAACACACAGGAACGACCGCAUGUUCCGGUGCAGCGCCGAGGGCUGCGGGAAGAGCUUCUACGUGCUGCAGAGGCUGCAGGUCCACAUGAGGACCCACAACGGAGAGAAGCCCUUCAUCUGCAAAGAGAAGAACUGCGGGAAGAAGUUCACCACGGCGGGGAACCUGAAGAACCACAGACGCAUACACACAGGAGAGAAGCCGUUUCUGUGCGAGACGGACGGAUGUGGGCGGUCCUUCGCGGAGUACUCCAGCCUCAGAAAACACAUGCUGGUGCAUUCUGGUGAGAAGCCUCACCUGUGCGGGAUCUGCGGGAAGACCUUCUCGCAGUCGGGAAGCAGAAACGUCCACAUGAGGAAACGGCACGGAGAGGAGGGGCUCGGCGGCGACGGCAGAGAAACAGGAGAGGCUCUGACACAAAGCAGCCUGCUGGAGGCAGACGGUGAGAAUGGAGGUGGGAUGGUCGCCAUGACGACGCCGGUGGAAGCGAUGAGUCUUCAUCACGCCAUGCUGAGAUCACCAGGUUCUGCAGACUCGGUGGUGGUCCUCUCGCAGCCGCACGAGCUGGUGACGAUGACCGCCGAGGGACACGCUUACGGCGAGGAUGUGGUCGCUCUGCUGUAGCCCCGCCCCCAUUAACCCCGCUGCAGAGCUGGAUGGACUCCGUUUUAAAAACAUCUGUACAUAUUUGUGCUUUUAUUUUGGCAAGUUUGUACAAAAACACUUCGUUUUUCCUGGUUUUGGGAAAAACUUCCAAAGAAAAACUGAAGACUGGUUUGAGAGAAGUGACCGCCGCUGAUGAAUUAUUGUAGGAAACCUCAGUCAACAUGAACUGUACCAGACACACUUACUGUACAUAGAUUCUACCAAUACUUGACAUUAAAAACUGCCAUUUUUGUGUAUAAAUACUAUAAAUAACUUUAGUUCAGCCUCCAGUGCUGCAGAUAAAUAUAACAACCUCAGAAAAAUGCUCUGGUUGUGUGAAAGACUCAUUAAAGAAAUCAUGACUCA